AUGGAUGACCAUAAUCUCAAUCCUCCUUCCUCAAACGAUGCUGUCCUCAACGUUCCUGGUCCUUAUCCAUGUAUUCAACAACAGGGAAAGGGGAAACAGGGCAAUAUAGUCCUUGCAUACAAGAUUUUAGGUGUGGUUUUUGGAGCUCUCGUCACUAAUCCGCUUUUCGUUUACCCUUCAAUGCAUCUGAGUUCUCCAACUGAAGAGGACUAUUUGGGACUUUAUAGUAUUAUGUUCUGGAGCCUCACUCUCAUUGGUCUUGUUAAGUACGCUAACAUUGCCAUCAAAGUUGAUGAUAAUGGCGAAGGAGGGACAUUUGCUCUAUAUUCUUUACUUUGUAGACAUCUCAAUAUUGGGUUCUUCUCUCCCAAACAGGUGGGUUUGAACUCACCUAGGGUUACUGAAUCACAGACUUGGCUUGCUAAGUUGUUGAAAAAUAGCUUCGUUGCAAGAAGGCUUUUGAUUUUCCUUAGAAUGAUGGGUACGUGUAUGCUUGUUGGUGAUGGUGUACUCACACCUGCCAUUUCAGUCUUGGCAGCAAUGGAUGGCGUUAGAGCCCCUUUUCCUUCCUUUAACAAAAUGAAUUUAGGUGUACGGAAUGACCUUAAAAUAGUAUUGGAAAUAAAUUUAAUAUAUUAUAUAGAUGGGUGGGCAACAAAUGAAGUCCUAUAUAUACUGAGUUAUUGGAGUUGGAAUAGUUGCAUUGCUAUAUUCACUUGGAGAAGAUUUUCUGAGUUUGGCUCCAUGGAUGACCAUAAUCUCAAUCCUCCUUCCUCAAACGAUGCUGUCCUCAACGUUCCUGGUCCUUAUCCAUGUAUUCAACAACAGGGAAAGGGGAAACAGGGCAAUAUAGUCCUUGCAUACAAGAGUUUAGGUGUGGUUUUCGGAGCUCUCGUCACUAAUCCGCUUUUCGUUUACCCUUCAAUGCAUCUGAGUUCUCCAACUGAAGAGGACUAUUUGGGACUUUAUAGUAUUAUGUUCUGGAGCCUCACUCUCAUUGGUCUUGUUAAGUACGCUAACAUUGCCAUCAAAGCUGAUGAUCAUGGCGAAGGAGGGACAUUUGCUCUAUAUUCUUUACUUUGUAGACAUCUCAAUAUUGGGUUCUUCUCUCCCAAACAGGUGGGUUUGAACUCACCUAGGGUUACUGAAUCACAGACUUGGCUUGCUAAGGUUACUGAAUCACAGAUUUGGCUUGCUAAGUUGUUGAAAAAUAGCUUCGUUGCAAGAAGGCUUUUGCUUUUCCUUGCAAUGAUGGGUAUGUGUAUGCUUGUUGGUGAUGGUGUACUCACACCUGCCAUUUCAGUCUUGGCAGCAAUGGAUGGCGUUAGAGCCCCUUUUCCUUCCUUUAACAAAACAUGGGUAAAAGCAGUCUCUGCUGUGGUCUUGAUCUUUUUGUUUCUGUUGCAAAGAUACGGUACAUCCCGCGUCAGUUUCCUCUUCUCUCCGGUAAUGGGUGCAUGGACCCUGUGUACUCCACUCGUGGGAAUAUAUAGCAUCAUAAAUAACUACCGAAGCAUAUUCAAGGCUAUAUCUCCCCACUACAUUGUCCUAUUCUUUUUGAGGAACGGAAAAUCUGGGUGGCUUCUACUUGGUGGUACUGUUCUUUGCAUUACCGGUUCUGAAGCAAUGUUCGCUGAUCUAGGUCAUUUCAAUCCGCGGUCCAUUCAGAUAGCUUUUAUAUUCAUGAUCUACCCAUCUUUAGUUCUGACCUAUGCGGGGCAGACAGCAUACCUGAUAAAAAAUCCCAAUGAUCAUAGUGAUGGCUUUUACAAAUUUAUACAAACUCCAGUUUACUGGCCUAUCUUUAUCAUUGCAACAUCAGCUGCAAUUGUUGCUAGCCAGUCAUUGAUUUCAGCCACCUUUUCUGUGAUCAAGCAAUCUGUAGUGCUGGAUUGUUUUCCACGAGUGAAAAUAGUCCAAACAUCUCCUGAUAAUGAAGGAGAAGUUUACUCCCCUGAAGUGAACUAUGUUCUUAUGAUCCUUUGUGUUGCUGUCAUAGUUAUAUUUGGAGCUGGAAAAGAUAUUGGAAAUGCUUUCGGUGUUGUCGUGAGCCUGGUGAUGCUUUUCACCACUAUACUAUUGACACUGGUUAUGACUAUCAUAUGGCGAACUCGUAUCGUGCUAGUUUCCCUGUAUUUCUGUGUGUUUUUUAUCAUCGAAGGGAUGUAUGUCAGUGCCGUUUUACCUAACUUUGCUGAAGGUGGGUGGAUUCCUCUAGGCAUAUCAUUAAUCCUUACCUUCAUCAUGUUUGCUUGGUUUUAUGGCAGACAUAAGAAAAUAAUGUAUGAGCUUACUCACAAGAUAACCUUUGACAGACUAGAAGAUUUUUUAGUUGAAAGCAAUGUUCAAAGGGUUCCCGGAUUAAGUCUGUUUUAUUCUAACAUUCAAGAUGGGCUAAAUCCUGUUCUUGGGCACUACAUAAAAAACACGAGAUCCCUUCAUAAGAUUGUAGUAUUUACAACUCUUCGAUAUAUACUAGUGCCCAAGGUUGCUCCACAUGAGAGGAUUGUCAUCAAGAAAUUAAAUCUCAAAGGGGCAUAUUGUUGUGUUUUUCAGUACGGCUUUGCAGAUGUUCUAAACACAGAAGGAAGUGAUUUUGCCGAUCAAGUCAUAACUUAUUUGAAAGUACAUAUACAAAACUGCCCCGACAAUCAGAUUGAAGAGGUCUCCUGCUUGGAAGAAGCGCGACUUGCUGGCACUGUUCUUGCGAUUGUUCAAUUUUAG